AUGCACCUGGCUAGAUGUAGGUCAUCUUUGGAAGCCAUAAUUCAUACCUGUAAUGCUUGCAUAAGGCCAGUCAAUAAUCACAUCCCGCCGCGCAUCUCAUUCACCAUGAAACGCACUGCCACGACUGCAAACCUGUCUCAUGGAAGUAAAGGCGUCAAGAAACCAAGGCCAGCAGUUCCUGAGUAUCACUUGACACCUUCAGUAAGAGGUGAUGAUGGCGAAAUUGUGUGGCCCGCCCCAGAAGUCAAGCUGGAGGCUGCGAGGGCCUUUAUUCGCGAAUGUGUCUCUGCCGGAAAACCCUCAUUGAUUGUCCCGGAUAAAGACGCUGAUGGCCUCGCCUCUGGCGCCAUCUUGGAACGUACUCUCGUUCUUCUCGGCCUGGAUCCGUCCCUCAUCACCGCAUACUUGCCUCCAAAGGGACAAAAUAUCCACGUUGAAACAUGUCGCUCAGAUAUGGCUUCUCAUAAGCCGACCUACAUCUUCGUCCUAGACCAAGGCUCUCGCUCUUCACCACCUCUCAUCGACGGUCCCCACCGUGGCAUCGUCAUCGAUCAUCAUCACGCACUGGAAAACGACCAUCCUCAAGACGCAUUACACAUCACAGCAUGUGACUCCCCUCCCGUGGCAACAAGUUCUUUACUCACGUAUCUUAUCUGCCGAGAUCUCCACGAGGGCGUGCAAGGAGCUUGUGACUGGCUAUGUGUCAUGGGAACCCACGGGGAUCUGGGUAAUAACUUGAAAUGGGAGCCUCCGUUUCCCGACAUGAAGUCCACGUUCAAAACAUACACGAAAAAGGCUCUCAACGAUGCCGUAUCACUCAUCAACGCCCCGAGACGAACAGCAUCUUAUAAUGUCCCUUCCGCUUGGAAAGCCCUCUGUGCGUCAAACUCACCAAAGGAGCUGCUUAAUAACAAGUACCUGCUCGCUGCUAGAGCAGAGGUCAACGCAGAGGUUGAACGCUGCACCCACACGCCCCCCAAAUUCUCCGCCGACGGCCGCAUUGCCGUCUUCCACAUCAGCUCAGAGGCCCAAGUCCACCCUGUCAUCGCCACCCGAUGGGCUGGCCAUCUAUCAUCGUCAAAACUCGAGGUUGUUUUGGUUGCCAAUGAAGGAUAUUUGCCUGGGAUGGUGAACUUCUCGUGUCGCAUUCCCCGCUGCGCGAGAGCCAAGGAGCCACCGGUGAACAUUAUUGAGGUCUUGGAGGGGGUGGCUGCUCGUGCCAAGGACUCGACUUUGAGAGAGCGACUAGGAAGCUCAUUCGCGAGGGGUCACAAGGAGGCAAGCGGCGGUAUUGUGUCCAAAGCCGAGUUUGACGAGUUGAUAGCCGUGCUUGAAGUUGGCAAAAAGGUGGAAAGAGAGUCACCAAAGAAGGCACAGCGGCCAGCGCAGGCAAACACUUUGUUAAACUACUUUGGGAAGAAUUAG